AUGAACAUGGCGGAUGAGCAGGCCCACAAGAAAUCGUUGAAAAAACCAAGUGGAUGGAAUCAAUUCUAUCAAGGAGUUGCUCCUGAGAUAGCAAGUAGACUUGGGCAAGAACAUGAAAUAGGGAAAAUAAGUAAAGUUGCUUCAGGGAUGUGGCGGAAACUUGGUACAUACAGAAGGAAGGAAUGGAGGGAUGAAGCUCAGAGGAAAAGGGAAGACUGGGACACCGGUUUACUUGAGGUAGAGCAGAAAUGCAAGUUAUGUGACAAAUCAUUUGUACGUCAACGGGAUCUGAGAUAUCAUGAAAAAGGAUGUGGCAAGAUGCAUUGCAGUGACUGUGGUAAAGAAUUUUCUCAUAAAGAAUUCCUCAAGUCACAUAUUGUUAAGGAGCACCAACAAGCAUUUAAAUGCGAUGAAUGUGGGAAAGCAUUUCACAGUAAGCGAAACCUAGGAAGACACCAGGUGACACAUACCAAGGCAAAAGUAACAUGUGAGGUCUGUGGGUCACAAAUUAAUAGUACUAGCCAAAAACGGCAUAUGAAACUGAAACAUUGUUAA